AUGAUAUUGAAGCAAUGGGAACCUAAAUUCCAAAUGAGUAAGGAGAAAACCAGGAACAUUCCAAUUUGGGUGAUGUUCCCAGGGCUGCCAGUAGAGUAUUGGACAAAGGAAAAUUUAGGUCGAAUAGCGAGUUGUAUUGGGAAACCUAUAUGCUCUGAUAGGUUAACUGAAGAAGAGUUGCCAAAUGUACUAGUAAUUGAAGAGGAAGAGGGUAUAUACAGGGAACAAGAACUAGAGUAUGAGUGGAAACCAGAUUUCUGUGAUGCUUGCUUCCAAAUAGGCAAACAUGAAGUUAAUUGUGAAAAAGCCCCAAGUGAGAAACAAAAAUACAGAGAAGAGAAACAGAAUAGACAAGCUGGAAUGAAGCAACAAAAGAAGAUGCAAUGGAAAGUAAAAGCCACAGUGGAGCAAGGAGGAACAACAAAGGUGCAGGAAAAAGCAAUACCGCAGGAUAAGGAGAUGAAUGAUCAGGGGAAGGAACAACAAGAAAAUCAGAACAGUGAAACUCAAGAGGAGAUUUUUCAGCCACAGCAAAGAUCAAAAGGAAAGCAAAAGAUGAAGGUAAGCAACAAAAAAGUACUGAAUGGUCAUGAGAUAGAACAGCUGUUAAUGACUAACAGAUACAGUACAUUGAGGAUACAAGAGCCUAGCAGCACUGUUAGAAGGGCUGAAGGGAUUGACCUCAAUGAGGAAAAUCCCCCAUGA